AUGUCUUCUCACGACCAGGCAACAUCGCAAGCCUCUCGGUCGCCGUCAUCAGAGUAUGCUGCAUCCUCCUACAGUCUCCCGGCCGCCUCCGACGCUCCAAUGCACUCCUCCACGAGGGUGACCCCGCUGCACCGAUGGGCUCUCAAUGCCUCCGACUCGCAAUUCAACGCCAUCUCGGGUGCGGUGGGAGGAUUCACUUCGGGCAUCGUCACUUGCCCCCUCGACGUCAUCAAGACCAAGCUGCAGGCCCAGGGAGGAUAUGCCGCACUUAACAGAGGACGACAUGUUGGCCAUCCGAAGCUGUACAACGGGUUGAUCGGUUCGGCAAAGGUCAUCUGGCGGGAAGAGGGAAUUCGAGGUCUCUACCGUGGUCUUGGGCCGAUUGUCAUGGGAUAUCUGCCUACAUGGGCUGUGUACUUUACCGUCUACAACAAGAGCAAGGGGUGGUUAUCCCAACACUAUGACAACAGCCAUCUUAUCAAUCUAUGGUCGUCGAUAACGGCUGGGGCCAGCAGCACCAUCGUCACAAACCCCAUAUGGGUCAUCAAGACUCGGCUCAUGUCACAGAGCAGUGUCCGUCACAGUCAUGAUCACACUUCCCUCUAUCCGAAAGCAGGCAGUACGCCAACAUCUCGACCGACUCUGCACGACUGGCAUUAUCGGUCAACAAUAGAUGCCGCCCGCAAGAUGUAUACGUCGGAGGGUAUCAUUUCCUUCUACUCGGGUCUGACACCGGCUCUCCUCGGCUUGUCACAUGUCGCUGUUCAGUUCCCGACAUAUGAAUACCUCAAGACCAAGUUCACUGGACAUAGCAUGGGCGAGUCAGCCGAAGGCGAAAAUGCAAACGUUGUCGGAAUAUUGUCAGCCUCGAUCUUAUCCAAGAUCGUCGCCAGCAGUGCGACAUAUCCCCACGAAGUCAUCCGAACCCGAUUACAAACGCAACGACGUCCACUCGCCGGUGAGGAGGUGCAACGUGCUCAGGCUCAACCGCCUAAGUAUCAAGGUGUUAUCCACACGUUCCAGACUAUCUUGCGGGAAGAAGGCUGGCGGGCCUUUUACGCAGGAUUGGGGACCAACAUGAUGCGUGCCGUACCAGCAGCAACGGUUACCUUGUUGACAUAUGAAACUGUCAUGAGUGAACUUCUCAAGACGAGAGCCGAGGCACGGCAUCUUUUGCUAGAUUCAAGGACAGAGCCAUAG